CUAGUGAGUUUCUAAUGAUGGGUUGUUGCACUGGUGUAAAUCUAUUUUGGCUGUGUUGUGGCUAGCCUGCCGCUUUCGCCUACCUACCCAACAGCCACAGCCCACAUACGGCUUGGAAAACCAGCAGCCGAACGGAUGGAUACCAUUGGCAAAUUCAUCAUCAAGAGAUAACAGAGAGAUAAUAGAGAGAAUAUAAUAGAAGUUACCCAUAUAUUCCUGCGCACACCCUGCUUUGAAUGGACUUGUGCCAGGCCAUCAUUGGAGAUCUUUGGUGAAGUUCUUUCUUCCUGCAGCAUCAUUCUCAUUUUCAUAGGAUUCCCUUCCUCAUAUUCAUCAGUACUAACUACAACAAGUGAUCUCUCUGGUCGUUGCAGAGAGAAUUAAUGACGGAACCUCUGAAUAGCUCUUCGCUGGGUGCCAUGGGGUCCCUUCUCAGGAAGCUCGACGAGCUACUGCGUACUGAAGAGAGGGCACAGGGACUCAUAGGCGACCUUCGUAUCAUAAGAACCAAGAUGGAGGAGCUAUUGAAGGUAGACAGCCCUCCCCAUACGGUGAAAUACUGGAUGAAUGAAGCACGUGAAUUGUCCUACGACAUGGAAAUCUGCGUGGACUUGUUCGUCCAUUCCAGCCAGCCAGAAGCGUUGCCAGAUAAGUUGGCGUGGAUUUUUACCUGGCAUAAAGAGAUUUUGGGUUUCUUGGCUCGCGUGAAGGAGGUUAACGAAAGAUGUGAGAGGUACAAUCUUGUCCCCAACAGUAGUCGGACAAAAAUUAUAGCGAGCCAUCAGCUUCAAACUCUAUACGAAGAACCUGAUCCUUUCGGCAUGGAAGAGCCCACAAACAAGCUUCUUGAGUGGCUGAUGCUGAAGGACCACGGAGAAGACGAAGACAAGCUCAAUGUUGUUUCCGUUCUUGGUGAUGAAGGAGUCGGUAAAAGCACGCUUGUCAAAAGACUAUGGCGAGUGUCGGAAGAUAAUAAGUUCCAAUUCAACUGCCGGGCUUUCGUGCAGGCGGCCAAAAAGCCUGAUACGAGGAUGAUUCUCAGAAGCAUACUCUCACAAGUCCACCCGCAGAAACCGCCCGAAUGCUCCAGCAAGGUGCCAAAUCUCAUUCGCUAUCUAAGGGGGCAUCUCCAAGAUAAGAGGUACUUUAUUGUAAUUGAUGACUUAUGGGAUAUCUCAGUUUGGAACAUUGUUAGACAGGCCUUUCCACAAAGGAAGUGCAGAAUAAUAACAGCAACAACAAUUGAGAACGUCGCCCGAGCAUGCUGCAGUUAUGACAGUAAUAAUAUUGUCAAUGUCUACCGUCUCCGUGACAGUGAAGCCAAAAAACUAUUUAUUGAUAGAGCAUUCGGCUCCAAAAAAAUAUGUCCAUCACAGUUCAAUGAUGUCACAGAUAAGGUCACAGGAAAAUGUGGUGGUUUACCCCUAGCCAUCAUCUGCACAGCUAGACUUGUAGCAAACCAGCCGGAAACAGAACAGGAACAACUUUUGGACUAUGUAAACAAUUCUCUACCCAGCAAUUUGAGAACAAAGUCAUCUUCUACGGAGAUCCUGACCCAAGUACUGAAUCUCUGUUACAGUAGGCUUCCUUGUUCUCUGAGGACAUGUCUGCUCUAUCUUAGUAUGUAUCCCGAGAACUACUUAUUUCUGAAGGAAGAUCUGGUGAAGCAAUGGAUGGCUGAAGAUUUCAUAUGUGCACUAGACGGGAAUGACAUUGCAGAUGUUGCCGGCGGUUAUUUUGAUGAACUCGUCAGUUUAGGCAUGAUCCAACGAAUGGAUAUGAUUAACUCCAACAAGAAGGGUUUGUUGUCCUACACAGUGCACCCUGUGGUAUUUGAUUUUGUUAGAUGCAAGUCUACGGAAGAUAAUUUCGUGACCACUAUAGAUUAUUCUCAGUCGACAGCAGUAGUGCUCACUGAGAAGGUUCGUCGACUCUCGCUCCACUUUGGCAGUGCAACAUAUGCUACUACGCCUGCAUGUGUGGAAGUAUCACAAGUUCGAUCACUCUCUUUUAUGGGACUCUUAGGUUGCAUGCCUUCGAUUGCAGAGUUUAUGCUUGUUCGAGUUGUGAUCCUCCAUAUCCAUAGUGAUGAUGGCGACACCAAGUUUUCCCUUGAAGAAAUCUGUAAGCUGCUUCAGCUAAGAUAUUUGCAAGUCCAAUGCAACGUCACUGUGGUUUUACCACACCAGAUGCGAAGUCUAAAACAUCUGGAAACCGUGGAAAUAAAUGCAGGAGUAGAAUAUGUUCCACCGGAUAUGUUCCAUGCUUCAAGAUUGCUGCAUGUCCGGCUUGUUGGAACGAUGACAAGUCAAACUCGGACUUUUCCCUCAGUUGAUGACUCGGGGAGCAUCGUGCCCUCUCCUCCUGUCUUUCUUCAGAGUUUUGAGUUGCUACCUCCCAUUUGCAUCUUCUCAAGAAUUCCCCUGUGGUUUCGUGAACUGCACAAACUCCGCGUUUUGGAAAUUGUGGUCAGAAAAUUGAGGAACACCAUUGAUGCCCUAGAAAAGUUACCGGUGCUCAAACAUCUUUCCUUGUAUGUUCGCACACCAACUGAGGUAAGCAUAAUCUUCAUAAAAGAUGUGUUCCCAUCCCUCGAGUACUUCAAGUUUGUGUGUGGUGUGCUAUCGUUGGUCUUUCUGGAAGAAGCAUUACCCCAACUUCGGAAGCUCAAGCUAGUGUUCAACGCCCACGAAGGGGAGCAGUACAGGAACAUGAUGCUUGUGGGCAUCAGACACCUGUCAAGCCUCGAGGAAGUUGUUGGAAGCAUUGGGUUGGCCCCUGAUGCUGUUGAAUCUGACAGGGUAGCUGCAGCGUCCGCUUUCAAGGGUGCAAUUAGAAAGCAUCCACGUCACCGAAGCUUCGAACAGGUGAAAAUGGUCGAUCCAGUUGACGAAGACGACGAUGAUCCUUGGAUGAAGCUGACUGGCAGCUGCAGGUGGAAGCUGGCGUUUCAGAGCCCACCACAGCACAUCAUCUUCGCCGGCUCCAACAUCAAGGACCGCGACGGCAGACCGCUGGAGGUGAUCCUCGUGGACACGGACACCGGCUCGCCACUGUCAAAGCUCCGCCCGGGGCGGCUGUCAAAGCUCCGCCGGAGGCCGCUGUCAAAGCUCCGCCCGGGGCCGCUGUCAAAGCUCCGAAUCGAGUUUGUACCGCUCGAAGGGGACUAUAUUGGCCUCUUCGGGGACUACUGUACCGCAGACGAGUUCCAGAGGGCCGUCGUUAGGGAGCGCCAAGGGAAGCUGCUCACCGGCCAAGUCAGAAUCAUCAUGCGGGACGGGCGCGCCACGGUGGGCGAGCUCCAGUUCUCGGACAAGUCGUCCUGGUCGCACUGCCGCAGGUUCCGCAUCGGGGCGCGCGUCGUGCCAGGAAGCUACGACGGCGGUAGGAUCGCUGAGGCCAUCACCGAAAACUUCAUGGUCAUAGACGAUGAGCACGAGACGUAUGGGCGGAAGUACUACGCUCCCGUCCUCGGCGACUCGGUGUGGAGGCUGGACAAGAUCGGCAAGGACAGCGCGUUCCACAGCAAGCUGAAGCGCAACAACAUCGAGACUGUUCAGGAAUUCCUAAGGAUGCUAAUGGUCAAGCCCGACCAGCUGCGAGCGAUUCUGGGCGACGGCAUGACGGACGAUAUGUGGGAGGCGACGACCAAGCACGCGAGGACCUGCGACCCCGGCAACAAGGUAUACGCCUACAGCUCGGCGGGAGGCACUAUCUACACGAACUCUAUCUUCAACCUUGUUAAGGUCGAGAUUGGCGGCAUCGAGUGCCCCUUACAUCAGCUGAAUAGCGACCAGACGAUGUUGGUGAGGCAGCUAAGUCUGGAGGCGUACGAGCACCCCGGCAAGCUCAUGGAGCUACAGAAGCGCAGCUCUCCCUCCCUUUGCCGCGACCCUCCCUCCCUUGGCGACUCGGUGUGGGUGCUGGAAAAUAUCACAAAGGAAGGCACGUUCCACAAUAAUCUGGAGCACAGCAACAUCAAGACUGUUCAGGAAUUCCUAAGGAUGCUAAUGGUGCAACCUGACCAGCUGCGUGCCAUUCUGGGCGACGGCAUGACCGACGGUAUGUGGGAGGAGACUACCAAGCACGCGAGGACCUGCUACCCCGGCGCCAAGGUGUACGUGUACACAGCGGGGGAUUGCACCAUCUACGUCAACUCCGUCUUCAACCUCGUUAAGGUCGAGAUCGGUGGCACUGUCUGCCCGUUGCAGCAGCUCAACUGGGACCAGGUGUCGUUGGUGCUGCUGCUAAUUAUAGAAGCGUACGAGCACCGCCACGAGCUCCAAGAGACCAACGAGGUCGUAUUCGUCGACAACGCCACCGACAACAUCGCGUUGCUUCGCACACGCUUCAAGGAGCAGGCACUAGCGGACACACAGCCCUUCUUCAACAACAUGGUUCCCAAUCCUUGGGUCAUACAAUAGCCAAGC